CAGUACAGCAUUCUGAGCAGUCUUACAGCUCCUAAGAAAAUACGAAAACUACAUACAAUCAGCAUCAUGAAAACCGCUGUGUUCUUUGGACUUUUGACUUGCCUUAGCUUAGUCAACGCAAGAGUGGCCGUGUUGGAUUCCUCAUUUAACUCUACUGUGGAAGAAAUUAGGAAAGUGUUGGAACAAUUUGAUCCAGCAACAGUUAAGGAUGUGUCUUUCACUUUGCUUAACCAGAUCACCUUUACUCUUAAAUCCGCUUCGCUUUCCAAAUUCUCUAAUUUCGCUUUUACAACAUUAUCAAAUGAUGGCGAAAACAUUAGGGCCAAAUUCAGUCAUCCAGAAGUUGAUGCUGUUAUAGACAGUCUUAAAAUCAGUAGCAAACUGCUGGGAAUUGACGCUGGUGUUCCCAAUCUAGAAGCAUCAAUUGGAGGAUUAACCAUUGACGUAUUUUUUUCAUACAGUACUAAACCUCUCAGAUUAACAUCCCUUAGCGCACUGGCUCAAAUUGCUGAUGCAUCUGUAAAAGGAACAGCAAGUCUCAAUGGUAACAUCAUUGACAUCUCAGUUGGCGAAGAAGUCGUCGCUGUAAUUAACAAGAAGGCUGUGGAAUAUCAACAUCAUAUUAGUGCAAUUAUUAUGAAAAUUGUUAACAAAAUUUUAGCCGUCGUCGACUCCAAUUCUUUACUAUUAUGAAAAAUUUAUCUCUAUUUACAAUAUUGAAACAAUGUUAUUUUAUUUAAAAAU